GGAGGAGAGAGGCUCUUCCCUCACGCGAGGGGACGUCUCCUUCCUCGUGGGGAUCUGCUGCUGAGCGACCAGGUGCGGAGAGACCGCCGCUCUUCCUCCCGCGCCAAACUCCUCGACUCUGCCGUCUCGGGAUCGUCCCUCUGGACUCAGAUCCAGGGAUCACCAUCAUGAGCCGCUGGGUGGGCGCCUGGCUCGUGCUGUGCGCCAGCCUCGGAGCGCCGUCGUCCGCCAGAGGGGAUAUAUGUGACUCCAACCCCUGUGAAAAUGGAGGCAUCUGCUUGUCUGGGUUGGAUGACAACUUCUACUCUUGCGAGUGUCCUGAUGGCUUCACAGAUCCCAACUGUUCUAGUGUUGUGGAGGUUGUGCUAGAUGACGAAGAGCCAACAUCAGCAGGGCCAUGCAUUCCUAAUCCCUGCCAUAAUGGUGGAAUAUGUGAAAUUAGUGAAGCCUAUAGAGGAGACACAUUCAUAGGCUAUAUCUGCAAAUGUCCAGAGGGAUUUAAUGGGAUCCACUGCCAGCACAAUGUGAACGAAUGUGAAGCUGAACCCUGCAAGAAUGGUGGCAUUUGUACAGAUCUGGUAGCUAACUAUUCAUGUGAGUGUCCUGGCGAAUUUAUGGGAAGGAACUGCCAACACAAAUGCUCUGGGCCAUUGGGAAUUGAAGGCGGAAUAAUUUCAAACCAGCAAAUUACUGCAUCAUCUACCCAUCGGGCACUUUUUGGGCUCCAGAAAUGGUAUCCUUACUAUGCACGACUUAACAAGAAAGGUCUUGUAAAUGCUUGGACUGCAGCAGAAAACGACAGAUGGCCAUGGAUUCAGAUAAACCUGCAGAGGAAGAUGAGAAUCACUGGUGUUAUAACUCAAGGUGCCAAGAGAAUCGGAAGCCCAGAAUAUAUAAAAUCAUACAAAAUUGCAUAUAGUAAUGAUGGGAAAUUAUGGGCAACAUACAAAGUGAAAGGCACAACUGAAGAUAUGGUGUUCCGUGGGAACGUGGAUAAUAAUACACCUUACGCAAAUUCUUUCACCCCACCAAUAAAAUCUCAGUACAUACGAUUAUAUCCUCAGGUUUGUAGAAGGCAUUGCACUUUGCGAAUGGAACUUCUUGGCUGUGAAUUAUCAGGUUGCUCUGAACCUCUGGGGAUGAAAUCAGGACAUAUACAGGAUUAUCAGAUUACUGCUUCCAGUAUCUUCAGAACACUCAAUAUGGAUAUGUUUACAUGGGAACCUAGAAAAGCUCGUCUGGACAAACAAGGCAAAGUGAAUGCCUGGACAUCGGGACAUAGUGACCAGUCGCAGUGGCUGCAGAUUGAUCUUCUUGUUCCUACAAAGGUGACGGGCAUAAUUACUCAAGGAGCCAAAGAUUUUGGUCAUGUACAAUUUGUGGGCUCCUAUAAACUUGCCUAUAGCAACAGUGGAGAGCACUGGACCAUAUAUCAGGAUGAAAAGCAAAAAAAGGAUAAGGUUUUCCAGGGCAACUUUGAUAACGACACCCACAGAAAGAACGUCAUUGACCCCCCAAUCUAUGCACGGCACAUAAGGAUCCUCCCUUGGUCAUGGUACGGCAGGAUCACUUUACGGUCAGAGCUCUUGGGCUGUACAGAGGAGGACUGACGAGGAUCUUCACUUUUCCGCACAACUCUUGAUAUUCCUUAAAAA